AUGAGGCCUGACAUUCGCGGCGUUUACGACGCCGAAUACCUCGACUACGUCCGCGCGCUGCUCUCGCUCAUGCCGCAGUUCGGGCUUGUCGCCUUCGUCGCUCUCCACCAGGACGUGUGGUCGCGCUACUCCGGCGGCUCCGGCGCACCCGCGUGGACCCUCGAGGCCGUCGGCCUCGACCUGCAUGGGCUGGAGGAGCCGGGGGCGACGUGGCUCCGCGGCAAGCACGCCCUGCCACCGUCGUCGCCCACACUCGACAACGGCGGACGCAUCCUCCGCGCCGUCGUGCGCCCCUACCCCGCCAAGACCGUCGGCGUCCCGUUCAAGUUCGAGUACGAGAUCAACACCGGCACGUUCACGUACGAGUGGGCCGUCCCGUCGUCGCCGUCGUCACCAUUUGCUCCCUCCACUGGGCCCUCUGUCGGCAUCCCGCCGCGCACGGGCCUGCCCACCCCAACGACGAACCGGACGGAGAUCUUCGUCCCCGCGACGCACUCCCAGGACCGGACACUCCUCGUCUGCGGGCUGGCCACGACCGAAUGGGCGCACGACGCCAUGCGGCAGACGCUCAUCCUCGCGCCGGAGCCGAAGGACGCGUUCGUUUUGAAUGACUUCUGGGACGACUGGGGCGCGCACGUUGUCCUCGUGGGGGCAGCACUCAUGACGAUUUUGGUGAUGUGGUUGCAGGGGAUGUUGCAUCUGCCCGUCGUCGCUGAUAUCUACUACCCGGUGCGUUCUGUCGUCAUCCCUGCCUCAUUCGGUGUGCUCACUCUCGUGCUCUUCAAGGCCACUAUAACGGCCUUGACGUACCACUGA